ACACAAUAGUGUCCGGUUCGCCAUCCGAGACAAAUCACUGGACAGGAAUCUGUUGAGCAAAUUAGAUCUGAAGCCUAUUUAUAUGCAAACUAUUGAUCGGAGGGGUGCCGGGGCUGGCGACAGACCAAUCGGCACCGGUAUGUCAAUCUCACAAAGCGUAAUGGAUUUAAGCACAAACGCAGCAAACAAUUCAACGACUAAUGACUCGACACAUACCGGCGCUAAUGACAUACCGAUCGAUACGUUGAGGAGUAAGAAGCGACUCAAGAAACUCAUCUCCAGUUCCCGAAAGUUUUCGUCCUUUCAUUCGCACAGUUCGCUCAUGUCGUUAGUGAACAACAAUGGGGGCGCCGGUAGUCCUAACGCGUCGACCACCAAAUUGUGCUCAAAUACGCUGAGGGAUGCCAUCGACUAUAAGCUGAAGUCGGAGGCCAUCGACCUCUCGGAUGAGCCCUAUUCUGAUCGAGCUGGUUUCUGUGGUAUACCGCCGGCGCUGAUCCAGAGGUACGCCGACGAGUGCCAGAGAGACACCUACGAAGUGGCCGACGCUCUCGACUCCGUACGUAUGGCCGGACUGUUAGCGAAGGGUCGACGCGGUGUUCCCAACGACUAUUUGGGCGACUCGUGUGUCGGCCCCGUCAUCGACACCGCCAACUACGAGAGCCUUCACCUGUGGCUCAUAUCCCUCGGUCUACCGCAGUAUGAGUCGAGUUUAAGGGCACAUGGAGUCGACAGCCUGUAUCGGGUGUCGAAGCUGAGGGAAAUGGAUAUCGUGAACAAGUGCGGGGUUAGGGACAGACGCCAUGUGCGCACACUUACCAACGCCAUCGGAGCCCUGCAUCUGAGUCUGGACUCAAAUACCAACUCAUAAUCGAUUUGUUAUAAUCAUAAAAAUUUAUUUGAAUUUAUAUUUUCGUUACACUCUUUUCGACGUUCAAAUCACCCCUAAAAUCCCAGCAAUUUUUUAGUGGACUUUCAAUUUAUGUCCACUUUAUGUAUAACUUUUUAUAACCAUAUUAACGGACAGAGAGUACAAUAUCUCA